AUGGACUUCAUGGAUAUUGUCGGGGAGCUGCGAGCCCUUCCCGAUAACGUCCAUAUUUUGUGCCCUCGACAACACGAUGACGACCAUGGUCGAUACGAUGACCCGAACGAGAUAGAUGAUGCGGGAAAAAGCGCAGCGGAACUUGUGGCUGAGGCCAGCAGUCGGCGAGAGAAGUUCCUUUCCUGCAUGCGCAUAUUGGCAUAUAACCAGGAGGGCGUUGAGGAGCUGCAGACCUGGAUCUGGCGCAAAUUGGACGAUGCGCUCGAGAAAUGUGAUCUCUGCAUCAAACAGUACUACACGGGCAAGAUCUGGCUGAUGGAGCAGCUUAAGGAGAACUACGAUGAUGAGGAUAUUGAGAAAUUCGCCCGCAUGCUCGACGAUUGGGACGUCAAGAGGAUUACGAAGAAUUUGGCGACGGCGACAGCGAAGCUGAAAGAAGUCCCACCUCAAGAGAUCGGGCUUCAUGUGUUGGAUCGAGCAUCGCUCUUGUCAAUCUUUGAGAGUCUGAGUUGCGAGGCCAUGCUUCGCAAUGACACUCUUCUGCAGGAGCACUUCGACGAGCCAUUCCGGCUUAUUCAAACAAAACGUAGUCUUAAAGUCUCGGAUUACGUCCCUGCUGUCACCCGAUUUUUAUUUGACUCCAACCAGAGCCGAAGCUUCUGGGCUAUUCACUCCUGGAUGCGCUACUCACGGCCGCCGACCGCGCUUGAGUUCGACUGGGCGAUCAAAGAGGGGCUUCUCGACAUGUUGAAAACAGCCUCACAGCAACCGCCUCAGAUAGCUGUUAUCCAGCGACUUUGGCGUGGCAUGCAACUUGUAGUGAAGAGAUUGGAUAAGGACCAAAUUACGCAUCACCUACGGGCGCUUGAAAUAGACCCGUGCCGCCUUUCUGUGGAACAUCUUGGAAUUCAAUCUCCAGGUCUGCGUUUCCUUCUCAACACGAUUCAGAUCUUCCUCGAAAAAGCCCCGGGGGACUUCUGGGAUGCUAUGCAAACGAUUUCCCCUCAAGCAAUCAUCGAGCUCGUUUUCUAUAACCCUCAGCUAGAGGCCUUCUUGAUGCAAAUCAGCGAGGGGGAGCCUUACGAGAAGUCCGCUUUGAAGGAUAUGCUCUCUUGGGUUGAACCUUUCAUGUCGUCCUUGAAGGGCGCGCACCAACCUUCAGCCUGCAGAUCUCUUGUCUAUCAGCUCCUUGAUCGACUCCAAAACCCGCGCUUCCCGGACUUGGCUCGGUAUCAUUGUUUUUAUGUUGGACUGGCUAGUUUACUUCAAACACUUCGCAGCUUCACUGACAAUGAAUCUUCACGAGGCUCGGUGGCGCGCAUCGUGUUGUCUGAGACCAUGGGAGUUGUGAGCGCAAAUAUCGAGACAAUUUUGAACCCUCCCAAGUUCGCAGUGGAGCAGAGACGCCAAGAGGAGAUAUCCUCUUUAUGCAUGGACGUUAUCCGUAAUACAUUGGCCCUUGAGUGCCAAUCCUUGAAGAGCGAUUACGAAGUUAUUUUACGGCAGAAUCUUCUUCAGCAUGGCGUAAGCACCUACUCAGCUUCUAUCUGGGAAGCUGUUGUCAGGAAUCUUCACGAGGAUAAUCGUGCGCUUUCGACCUCGGCGCUGCUUGGUAUAUUGCCCCUGGUUGGCUUGGAAACAUUUCCGACGAAAGGCGAGUCAAGUCCGGAGAAGACACAUUUCAACCUGAUUUAUGGUCAUCUGACUCGACUCUCAUGCCAAAUUAUUGAGCGCCUUGCUGAUUUCAAGCCCGAGCAUCUCAACGAACUGCUCAAGAGCCAAGAUACCAGUAGUGCAUUGAUCUCUGCUCUGUUCGCAGCGGAUCUUGACACCUAUCAAGCUGCUGUCGACCUCAUCAAGAACAUGAGCGGUCAGUCAGCUAGAAGGGAUGCGAUCUCUCAUCUUCUACAGUCCUUUUUCAUAACGACGAUGUACGGACUUAGUUGGUCUUUCCGACGAAUCUCAAAUAUGAAGACAUUUGCUUCUGCGCCGCGAAUGUUACACACCGGAACAGAUAUCAUUGAUAUCCUCUGUGAUAGUCAGACAGGAAUGCUCAGAACUCGUAAGCUUGCUGAUCGGAGAGAGAUUCUUUCCCUCCAGAAGCUUUGGGAGUAUCUCUGGCAAGCGUUAAGCACUAUCUUUGAUGAAACUGAGGCAUGGCAUCUCAGAGGUAACGACAAAGCUGUAAUGCUGGAAUUUUGCAGGGACACGAUUCAAUUUGCAGACCUGCUUUUCGACCAGUACGGUGUUUUCUUGAGCGCUGUUGUCGAUGCGGAUCCCAGCCAGGAGGCUUCUGCUCGAGAGAAUUUUUUGAAGUCCCCAACCACGACCAUGAGCGCGAUGGUCAAAUGGCUCCGCCUGAAAGAUGAAUAUUUGGCAACUACGCUGGUAGGACUGGUAGCAAAGCUGCUUCGCCGAUUAGGGGAACUUAGCGUGACAACAGUUAAAGACGAUGCUCUAAGUUUCAUUGAAGGAGUUGCGGUCAAGUCCACCAUCAAGACUAUCCUGACAUUGCGAGAGAAAGCAGAGCUUGUUCGAGCUCUUGAGGCAUACUACAAGAAACCUGUUGUGACGGCUUCCACCGCUAGCCUCAAGAAACAGAGUAUGAUCACCGCAUUUGCCAAACCAGCCGAAGUCUCCGCUACACCUAGUCCAGCCAAAACAACCAGUGAAGAUGAGUUCGAUGAAGACAAUGUACCAGAUGAUGUUCUGAUGCAGCUAUCGCGGUCUGUUGAGCUCAAUAAAGAGAGGCUUGUAGCUGAAGCUAGGAGAAGAGGGGACAAGGCGGCCAAGGCCCUUCCUGCAAUUCCGAAACCCUCUGCUGCACCCUUGAAACCUAAUUUGACAGUUCAGUCCUUCCGUGAAAAACGCGAGAAGGAGAAAGAAGCCAAGAGAAAGCGUGACCUUGCCGAACUUGCACGUUUGAAGAAGAAUCUUCCUGCCCGUGGCGUUGGGGAACAGACUGCUGAACAAGGGUCUGGGUUGAGUGGUAUCGGGGUCAAAGGCAAAGUUCAUACUACUGUCGAGGAAAGUAUGAUGGUGUCUUCGGACUCUGAAUCGGAGUCGGAAAGCGAGGACGAACUCGAUAAGGAGCUCUUCGGGCCGAAGGCAAGAUCUCAGCCGGACGCAAUCAAAGCCUAUGAAGAGAGUAAAAAACUAUCACUGAAGCAACAGGGUCCUGUCAAAAAGAUCAAGCAGGUGCGCUCUGCGAAAGAUAUGCGGGCACGGCUCGCGCCAGACCUAUCUUCUUUGCAUCGUACAAUCCUCGCUUGGGACUUUUUUGCAAAUGGUGAUCUUCCGCCAAAUUCUGGUCGCACUGACUACAGCCUGGUAUCGAACACUUUCAAAGACCCGCUCGAGUACCAAAAAACGUUCGAACCUCUUCUGAUCUUGGAAGCUUGGCAAGGGUUCAACUCAACGAAGGAGGAAGGAACAUUUAGACCAUUCGAAAUCAAGGUUGCCACCCGUCUCUCCGUGGACUCUUUUGUCGAAGUCAGCACAGUUCUACCGUCGCUUGAGGUCAAAGACCUCGGUCUCAGCGAAGCCGAUAUCGUCCUUCUUUCUAAGUCGAGCAGGCCAACAUCCGAUUCUUCUGCCCCUCACUGCUUCGCAAGGGUUGCCGGCAUCAACAAGAAGAGGGGCACGGUUGAAAUAUCGUAUCGGGUGAAUCCCGGGAGCCCCUUCAUCAACUCACUCGGACCUGGAGUUACAAUCUGGGGUGCGAAGAUAACCUCAUUGACUCCUCUUGAACGAGAGUAUGGUGCUCUCAUGGCUCUGCAGUAUUAUGAUUUGUGCGAGGAAGUCAUCAAAGCCAAACCAUCGCCGAUCCUCCACUACUCCGAUGCUAGCCUGAAACCGAUCGCGGACAAUUACAAUGUCAAUCCAGCCCAGGCAAAGGCAAUCAAAUCAGCUUUAGACAACGAUGCCUUUACCCUGAUCCAAGGGCCCCCCGGUUCUGGAAAAACGAAGACGAUAGUCGCCCUUGUGGGUGCCCUUCUCAGCAAUGUUCUCGGUGACCAGGGCGUGACAAUUUCACGGCCGACGGGAGUGACAAAUCCGAGGGUCCCUGGAAGAACUACAACGUCGAAAAAGCUACUAGUCUGUGCUCCGAGUAACGCUGCUGUCGACGAGUUGGUGAUGCGAUUCAAGGAGGGUGUCAAAACUAUCCACGGACGUCACGAAAAAUUAAACGUCAUCCGUCUGGGCAGAAGUGAUGCUAUCAACACGAAUGUUCUCGAUGUGACCUUAGAUGAGCUCGUCAACGCUCGAUUGAGCCAAAAUCCACGUAAAGACUCGGGCGAACGGGACUUACAGACGAUUUAUAUGGAACACAAAGCUGCGGAUACCGCGUUUAAGGAGACCCGCGCAAAGAUCGAUCAAUGCAGAGCUCAGGGCUUACCCGUGCCAGAAGAAUUGGAACGAGAGUUCGAUCUGCUCAAGAAGAAGAAGACGCAGCUUAGCCAAGAGAUCGAUACUGCGAGGGACAAGAAUCACUCGGCAGCACGCGAUGCAGAUUUGAAUAGGCGACGCAUUCAACAGGAAAUCAUUAACAAUGCCCAUGUCAUCUGUGCCACUCUCAGCGGUAGCGGCCACGAGAUGUUCCAGAACUUGAGUAUUGAGUUUGAAACCGUUGUUAUCGAUGAAGCUGCUCAGUCAAUCGAACUCAGUGCCCUUAUUCCCCUAAAAUAUGGGUGCUCCAAAUGUAUUCUGGUUGGAGACCCGAAGCAACUGCCGCCCACUGUUUUAUCGAAAGUUGCUUCUAAAUUCCAAUACGAGCAGAGUUUGUUCGUCAGAAUGCAGGCCAACCACCCAAAGGAUGUACAUCUACUCGAUACUCAAUACCGUAUGCAUCCAGAAAUCAGCGUUUACCCCAGCGCUGCGUUCUAUGACGGGAAACUAAAGGACGGGCCGAACAUGGCCAAACUUCGUGCUCGUCCAUGGCAUCAGAGCGAGCUUCUUGGCCCAUAUCGUUUCUUCGAUGUGCAGGGCCUCCAUCAAAAUACAACGAAGGGUCACUCUCUGAUCAACUUGGCGGAGUUGCGGGUGGCUAUGCAACUCUACGAACGACUGAUCACGGAUUUCCGCGAGUAUGACUUCAGUGGGAAAAUAGGUAUCAUUACUCCGUACAAGGGUCAGCUGAGGGAGCUGAAGACACAGUUUGCCGCAAGGUACGGAAACGCUAUCUUUAACAUGGUUGACUUUAACACAACGGAUGCCUUCCAAGGUCGGGAGAGUGAAGUUAUCAUCUUCUCUUGUGUCAGAGCAUCCAACAAAGGAAUUGGUUUCUUGGCAGACAUUCGCCGUAUGAAUGUCGGUCUAACGCGUGCCAAAUCAUCCCUAUGGGUUCUUGGUAAUUCGCAGUCUUUGGUGCAAGGCGAAUUCUGGAAUGGGUUGAUUAAGGAUGCGCGUCGAAGAAAUGUAUAUACCGACGGUGACAUUCUGGGCAUUCUUCAGCGGCCACAAUUUACUGGUUACAAAAACAUCGAUAUGAUGGAUGCCGAGUCUCCAAAUCCUACAGCCUCACUCAAGGCUGCUGGUUCCGAACCCGCCUCGAGACCGACCUCAGCUUCCUUUGACCGGCCAACUUCAGAGUCCUCCAUCUCUACAUCAGUCUCUAGGAGAGGCACUCCAACUGAACCCCCGCCAGACCUGCCGUCAGGCGGUCCCAACGGUUUGGAUGAUACCCGAACAUGCGGUUACUGUGGCAGCUUUGCUCAUAUGACCCACAAUUGUGACAAUAUUGACGCGAAGGAGGCAUCGCGUGGCACCUGCUACAGAUGUGGGCGCUCAGGGCAUACACGCGUGGUUUGUAUGGCAGAACGCUGCCUGCAAUGUGGUGAGUUCGGACACGAUGCACAGCGUUGUCAAUCUGCGAGGGAGCUGUCAAAGAAAGAGAAAAGUCGUAUUGCACGAGAGGAGCAUCAACAUGCUCAGAUGAAGAAGCAGAGGACCGAACGUCAGCGUCAGAAACAGCUUGGAGGACAUGAUCCGAAAGUGCCGGUUCUACAGGUCUCUUCUGAUCCGCCGCCGCGCGAGGAUAAGAAGCCUGAGAAACGUAAGCCCGACCAGAGCAACGCGCCGGGCAAGCGCAAGCGUACGGGUUCAGAAUCGCCCGAUACUUCUAAGGUUUCUAAACCUCGAAGCUCGGACUCCGUUCCCAAUCCACCCAAAGGCCCCCGACGCAAGAUUGAUGCUAAUGUGCCUACCAACACCGCUGUAGGUUUAGAUUAG